AUGAUGGAGGUACUUGGAAAGCAAAAGGUGUUGGCCAUGAUGCGUCUGAAUGGAGCCGGACAGCUCACUGGCUUCCCAUUCGAGACUCCAUCCUCUUCCACGACAUCAAUCACCACACCCACAACCAUCAUUCAUCCACCAGCUACUCCAAUAACAAUGUCAUCUUGUCUUCUGCCAUCAUCCGCAUACAUGAAACCAUCUCCACCAUCAGAAAUCUCAUCCCCAACACCCUCAUCCUCAUCCCUAGAGAAAAAAGAGUGUGCAGUUUGUAAGAAUCCAAAUUCCAGUGGAUACCAUUUCGGAUGCAUCGCCUGUGCCGCGUGUUCAGCAUUCUUUCGGCGUACUGUAGUUUUGUCGAGACGGUAUUACUGUAGAAGGGAUCCGAUUGGCAAUUCGUUGUGUCCAUUGGAUAGACGACACCGAUCAAACUGCCGAGCAUGCCGUUAUGUGAGAUGCAUCGAGCAAGGAAUGAAUCCCAGCAGCGUUCAAAACCUGCGAGACUCAAUAAAACCGCGCUCUCCAACAUCCUCAGACUCGGUUCAAGAGGAGGAGGAGGACAAAAAAGACGAUCACUUAUUUUCAGCUGCCACUCCCGGCAGCUGGAUUUCAAGUUCUAGUGCAGAAACAUUGCCAUGUGUUCCAAAGGGUGAGUCAGUCCUUUUAUGA